AUGAAAGAAUCAACACCCGCAGGCUUGCGCCAUCGCCAGCCCUCGCCCAUCCAACCAGCAACAGAUCCCCUCCUCACAACAGCCAAGAAAAUCGAAAACAAAAUCGAGGACAAUUUUCGACGCGUCGUAGAUUGGAACGACCUCGCGCCCUGGCGGCGUGACAAUGCUUUCAUCCACACAGGCUACCGCCCUGACUCCAAUUCAUACUCCGGCUCCUUCGCCAGCUUGAGUUACCUGCACAAUGAGUCGGUCAAUAUCUGGUCACACCUUCUUGGAUCGCUCUUUUUCCUCAUUUUUGGAAUCUUUCUCUACCACGAGGUAGUUCCCCGGUACGCGUCUGCCACCACGGCCGACCUGCGCGCCUUCGGCUGCUUCUUCACCGGUGCCGUUGCGUGCAUGGGCAUGAGCGCCACGUAUCACGCCCUGUCGAAUCACUCACCCGCUGUCGCGCGCUGGGGGAACAAGCUCGACUAUACGGGGAUCGUACUCCUCAUUGUUGGGAGCUAUGUGCCAGCAUUAUACUAUGGGUUUGACUGCCAUCCGCACCUCAUGACGCUUUACCUCUCCAUCAUCUCUCUUCUCGGCAUUGGCUGCGGUGUCGUCUCCUGGCUCGAGGUCUUCCGCACGCCGGCAUGGCGCCCCUUCCGCGCCGCCAUGUUCGUCGGCCUCGGCACGUCAGGCGUUGUCCCCGUCGUCCACGGCCUGGUCAUCUACGGGCGUGCUGAGCUGGAGCGCCGCAUGAGCCUGAGCUGGCUUCUGGCGCACGGUGCCAUGUAUGUUUUCGGCGCGUUCCUGUACGCGGCGAGGUGGCCUGAGAGGAGCUACCCGAAGCGGUUCGACAUUUGGGGUAGCUCCCAUCAGAUCUUCCACUUGUUUGUCGUCAUGGCGGCGGCAACGCAUCUGUAUGGUAUGGGGAGGGCCUUUGAUUACCACCACGGCCCCGAGGCGGCUUGCUUGGCGAACUAG